UCGGCGACACUGAGGACCGCGACGAGUCGUGUCUGGGACCCGAGUUUUCCGACCAGUCUGCUCCACCUGAACAGCGCCAACUCCAUGGCGCGGUUCUUGGGAUUCUGCACUUGGCUGCUGGUGCUCGGACCGGGGCUCCUGGCCACCGUGCAGGCGGAAUGCACCCAGGACUGCGCGACGUGCAGCUACCGACUGGUGCGCCCGACCGACAUCAACUUCCUGGCUUGUGUGAUGGAGUGUGAUGGGAAAACCUCUUCUUUCAAAAUCUGGGAAACCUGCAAAGAGCUCCUGCAGCUGUCCAAAUCCGAGUUCCACCAGGACAGCCCCAGCAGCCUCCGAGAAAGCAGCAAGCAGGAGAGCCACUUGCUGGCCAAAAGGUAUGGGGGCUUCAUGAAAAGGUACGGGGGCUUCAUGAAGAAAAUGGAUGAGCUGUAUCCUGUGGAGCCGGAGGAAGAGGCCAACGGAGGCGAAAUCCUGGCCAAGCGCUAUGGGGGCUUCAUGAAGAAGGAUGCAGAGGAGGACGAACCCCUGGCCCAUUCCUCAGACCUGCUGAAGGAGCUUCUGGAAACGGGGGAGACCCGGGAGCGCAGCCCCCACCAGGAUGGCAGUGAGGAUGAUGAAGAGGUGAGCAAGAGAUACGGGGGCUUCAUGAGAGGCUUAAAGAAGAGCCCCCAGCUGGAAGACGACGCCAAAGAGCUGCAGAAGCGCUACGGGGGCUUCAUGAGAAGGGUGGGUCGCCCCGAGUGGUGGAUGGACUACCAGAAGAGGUACGGAGGCUUUCUGAAGCGCUUCGCUGAGUCGCUGCCCUCCGACGAAGAAGGUGAAAGUUACUCCAAAGAAGUUCCUGAAAUGGAAAAAAGAUAUGGAGGAUUUAUGAGAUUUUAAUACCCUUGCCCGUCAGUGGCCCCAGGCCCAGCAAGCCUCCUGCUCCCUCCUCCCGUGCUGGUGUGUUGCUGCCGAGAGAGCCGCUUGUGUGGUCCAGCUGAGUCAUUGUCUGGGUGACUGUCCAACCCGAUCUGUCGAACUGUCCUGUCAUUUGAGGUUCUGUGUCUUCUGAGUCUGUGAGCUCAGUGUUGGUCUGCUGCAGCUCUCUCCCUGUCAUGCUCAAGUAGCUUUUGUUAUUUUGUCCCUUAUUUUUGAAAAAGCAUC